AUGCCGUCGCGCUUGGUCCCGCUUACCGUACACUCGGCGGCCCUGGCGGCCGCUAGAUUCCUAGCAUGGAUUCUCGACUUGGCCGCCCUUCUCGUCCUUGGAUACACAGUACGACGAUGGUCUGAAUUGGGAGCUUCAACUGCUGCUGGAUUUGUUGGCGCUGCCAUCGCCAUACUCAACGACAGCUGGGAAGUCGCAUCCCGCUUCGACCCGGCAGAUCACUUUCCGACUCUGCGUGCAGCCCGGACCGCUAUGCAUGACCUCAUCAGUUUGGCCAUCUGUCUAGGCGGCGUCAUGAUACUACUCUUCACCGAGGCAAGCAACACGAAUCGUGAAAGCGACGACUGGAAAUUGAAGCGCCGGUACUUGACCAUGGAUCAAGCCUUUCUCGCUACAAUAUCGUAUGUUAGUAAGCCGGUUCCUCUUUGCCGCCUGGGCUGGGUGCACCUAUUCUAG